AUGCCCGAUCCUAACGAAGUCACACCAGAUGAAUCGGGACACUCAAACAAGCAAAACUUGGCCACUUGCACAAAAUGUGGGCUAGUAAUAGUCGGCCAGUUUGUAAGAGCGUUAGGUGGAACUUUUCAUUUGGAUUGCUUCAAAUGCCAGGAUUGUGGAGAAAUAGUAGCUGCCAAGUUUUUCCCAAUAGACGAUGCAGAUGGUAAACUGCACCCUCUUUGUGAGAGAGACUAUUUCCGUCGGUUGAACCUCAUCUGUGAAAAGUGUGGCGGUGCUCUUCGUGGCUCAUAUAUCACAGCCCUUGAAAAGAAAUAUCAUAUUGAACAUUUCACCUGUUCGGUUUGCCCAACAGUGUUUGGUCCCCAAGAUUCUUAUUAUGAACAUGACGGACAAGUUUACUGUCAUUAUCAUUAUUCAACAAGAUUUGCCGUGAAAUGUACCGGUUGUCAGGCUGCUAUAUUAAAACAAUUUGUCGAAAUCAAUCGUAACAGCAUAGAUGAGCAUUGGCAUCCCGAAUGUUAUAUGAUUCAUAAGUUUUGGAAUGUAAAAUUAUCAUCUCAUUCUGAUGACAACCCACAUAAUAAAUUCGAAAGAGAAUCUAACACGCCGGAAGAAUUGAAAAAACAGCAAAAAGCUAUGGAAGAAAAAGUCUACAAUAUAUGGACCGUUCUUUCUGCAUUUGAGGAAUCGUCUGCUUCUUGCAUUUCAGACAUGCUUCUGCAUGUCUCAAAUGGCGCGUAUAUUGAUGGUGUAAAAAUGGCUGAGAAGUUUAUAAUGCACGUGGAAAUUUUAUUUAUCGCCAUUGACGAAUUAGAAUUUCAGUUGACUCAAGCUAGUGGACAAGGACUUCAACAUAAUAGAGAAGCAAAAAUGCUCUGCAAAAAAAUAGUAAACUUCUUUACACUAUUGUCACACACGCAGGAAACGGGUGUAAGACAACUGGGAAUUACCCAAGAAUUAUUAUCGUUAGUGACAGGUUUAGCACAUUAUUUAAAAGUUUUGAUUAGAAUUGCGCUGACAGGAGCUCUAAAAUUGGAAAGAGAUUAUAAUAAUACAACAGCAAUCAGUAAAUUCUUGAAUAAAUUAGUUGAACUAGCGAAUAAUGAUGGUCGGCAGCAACAAGAAUCUCAUAUGGACGCUGAAGUAACUUCAGACCUUUGUCAUGCAUGUAGAAUUACCGUUGAAGAGGAAUGCUUCAAAUUUGGACAUCAUCGUUGGCACAAUGGUUGUCUUCGAUGUUCCAAGAAUGGGUGUGGGCGUGAAUUAAGUUCAAUUUAUUCCGAGGCUAGAUUUAAUAAUAUGGAGGAGUUAGCAUUCUGUACAAAUUGCGCUACUGAGCCGUCGACGACCGGAUUUGAACGUGUUACGCAACUUGGUCAAUAUACUUAUUUAUUGCGAGUGGCGUUAUCACGUCUUUAUAAUUUACUUCGUCGUAAAGAUGAACUUGGACUUGGUCGUAAAGAUUCACGAUCAAAAUCAUAUUCGAGUGGAGACAAUGGAUUCGAAUCAAUAAACAUGAGUGAUCUAAAACGUAUGAAAUCUGUACAUAUGGAUAGACAAUUAUCCACAUCAGCAAAAUACGCAAAAAGAUCACGUGUCGUAGAACAAGAUGCAAGUCCUCUACCGAAUCCUUCUGGAUUUGAUGUAUCACGAAAUAAUAAUCUAAUAAGAGCACCUUCGCAACGUCAAGUGAAAAUCAUAGAAGAUAAAACACAGGAUCAUCACGAAGAGGACACUAUUAAUUUUGAAAAUAAUGAAAAUGAGCCUAUCACUUUAGCUACUUUAGCGAAUAUUUCGAUGAUGACCACGACCGCACAAGGGCAAACCGCCGCGGAAAAAUUACAUCUUAAAAAACAAAAACGAUUAUCAAGAACAAAAAAUUAUUUGUCUGAAUUAUCUCCAAUAGAAAUUUUAAUCGUUAAACAUGUUGCAGUUCUUAUAAUGGAGCAAUAUCUAAAAGAUUACUAUAAUCUCGAAGAAUUACUUGACCUGAUUGAUUCCGAUUCCAAAAAGGCAACUCUUUGGACUAAAUUUGUCACAACUAUCAAGGCAUCCGAGAAAAAACCCGUGAAAAAGAAAGGUACAUUUGGUGUACCUUUAGACACACUUGUUGAAAGAUACGGCGUAGAUUCGGUUCUUGGUGCAGGCCCUGGUCGAAUAAAAAUACCAUCUUUUGUUGAUGAAAGCAUAGCUGCCAUGAAAACCAUGGAUAUGUCUGUUGAGGGUAUUUUCCGUAAAAAUGGUAACAUUAGACGAUUAAAAGAGCUUGUCGACACGAUUGAUAAAAAUCCCUCGUCUGUGAACUUGACUGAAGAUAAUCCUGUACAAGUCGCUGCUUUAAUGAAAAAAUUUCUUCGUGAUCUUCCUGAUCCAUUACUCACUUUUAAGCUUCAUAAACUUUUUAUUACCUCUCAAAAACUUCUUGAAUUCGAGGCACGUAAAAAAGUACUUCAUCUUACUUGUUGUCUCAUGCCAAAAGAGAAUCGUGACACCAUGGAAGUAUUAUUUAUAUUCUUUAAAUGGGUAGCAUCGUUUUCACAUGUAGAUGAAGAAACUGGCAGUAAAAUGGAUUUACGUAAUCUUGCAACUGUAAUUACUCCGAAUAUUUUAUAUUCUAAAUCAAAAGAUCCAACAAAAGAUGAUUCAUUUUUGGCUAUAGAAGCUGUUUAUAGUCUUUUACGAUAUCAAGAUGAAUUUUGGACGGUCCCGGAGGAUUUGUGUGCUAUUCUUCAAGAUCAAGAUCUACUUAAUAAUUUAGAGGCGUUGACAACUAAAGACAUUCUAAAAAAAUGUGAGAAACUUGUUAAAUUGAAAAGGUCUCAUUCAUCUGACAAUUUGCAUCAUGUUGAUAGUGGCAAUGAGCCUUCGGCUAGUGUGGCAGAAGGAGGAUACAUAGCGGCUGCAACUCAUGACAAUUUCAAUACUUCUAACCAGUCAAAUAUGAUUCGAGAUGGAAAUAGUGAAGGCAGUAAUGAAAGUAGCAUAUAUCCUUCAUCAACGAGUUCUUUAGUUAUAGUUAACAAUGAAAGUUCUAUUCCAGUUGAACAAGAAGCUUCUUGA